GUUUGAUACAUGCAACCUAUAGAGCAAAAUAAUAUGUAUUUUAAGUAAAUAUAUAUGUUUAAUCAGUUUCUAAAAAUAAAGAAGUGAACUAAUAAAUUCAAAGGAGAAGUAAUUUCCAAUUUUUUAUCAAAUGACAAAUAAAUUUGAUUUUAAUGCUUAGUAUCAAAACCAAGCAUACGGAAAUUUUAACUAGAUGUUUAAAUCAAAUUAAUACUUUUAAUAAUUUUCAAGUGGGAUCAAUCCUGAAAAUAUAAGAGAACUAGAAGCAUCAGUAUAGAGAUGGUAAUAGAGAAAAAAAAAUGUACAAGAAAAAUAUAAUGAAUUUUAACAAAUAUGAAG